AUGUGUCAAAAAAUGGUUAUGCAGACAAUAAUUUUCGCGGCGGUGUUGGCGUGUGCUGUAGCGAGGCCGGAGCCUCCAUCAUCGUAUGGUCCCCCGGCCACGUCAUACGGGGUACCUGCCCCGCAGUACGGUCCACCUCAGCAACCGAUUGUUCACAAGCAUGUCUACGUUCACGUUCCGCCUCCCGAUAACGAAGUGCCCAAACCCCAGAAGCAAAUAUACGUGCCUCCUCCACAAAAACACUACAAAAUAGUGUUCAUUAAAGCACCAACACCGCCAACGCCGACCGCACCAGUUAUUCCAGUACAGCCUCAGAACGAAGAAAAGACACUUGUAUAUGUGUUGGUUAAAAAGCCUGAGGAUCAACCUGAUAUUGUGAUUCCCACACCUGCCCCGACACAGCCUUCAAAACCGGAGGUCUAUUUCAUCAGAUAUAAGACACAGAAACAAGACGGGUACCCUGCUGCAGCGCCUCCAGCUUCACAAUACGGUCCACCCGCUGCAGCUCCAUCUUCUGAAUACGGCGCUCCAUAA